AGAAUUCUCGAAACUAGGACCUAUUGAAUUAUGCUAAUUUCCUUCUUAUACUUGUAUACUUUUAUUAUCUAAACCUUAAUUCACUUUUUCCAACAUUGAUAAAUAAGUUUCAUAACUUAUUUAUGCACAAUGGACAAAGUAUAGCUCGUUUUACUAACUAGUAGUCAGGCUGUUUUAGCUUAACUUUUCCUUUAAUGUAUGCAGUUAUGGCUUCUAAAGGACGAAGGUCGACUAGUGAAGGCUUCACAAGUAGGACUGCAGUGGGCAGAAGAACAUAUAACAUAAAUAUGCAUCAACAAGCUUCUAACACGGUCAGGCACUCGGAUCAUAGUCAUGAGAGAGUUCUACCAUUGCCAAUUGGGGAUAUGAGUGUUGGCACCGAACAAGAACAAGAGAUAGGUGAUGCGUCUGGAGCUAAAACUAGAGGCCCUACUUAUAUGACUGAUAUUUGGGGCAGCCCACAAAAUCUACCACCCAUUUCUGUUGAAUAUAAUGAAUUUGGUCAACCUAUAGGUGGUGACCAUAGUGACGCCUAUUGAGUACUGAUGAUUUCUCGAUUUACAUUUGGAUUCCAG